AGGUGAAAACCUGUAUAUAAUAAUAUUUCAUCAAUCAUCCGUGUCCAGUGCCACGCCCCCUAAGCAUGUCCACCCACACCGCACAUUACACCGACCCGCUCCAAUGCAGGUUAACUGUACCACUUUUGAAACCCGCUUGUCGCUGAAGUAACGCCGACAAACUGGUAUCCGCAAAAUAACUAUUGACCUUAGCAAAGGCGUAGUCAUUGUGUAACUCCCGGCUUCGCCCCGAACCCGUGCCGGGUAUAAAAAGACGACAAUUUUAAUCCAAAAGCAUAAUUCACUCGAUCCCAACAGAAGCAACAUGGCAUUCAAGCUCGUAGUUCUGGCCGCUUUCGUGGCCGUCGCCAACGCCGGCCUCAUCGGCGCCCCCGUGGCCUCGUACGCCGCCGCCCCCGUGGCCGUCGCCAAGACGGUGGUCGCCGACGAGUACGACCCGCACCCACAGUACCAGUACGGAUACGACGUGCAGGACGGUCUGACCGGCGACUCCAAGAGCCAGAUCGAGAACCGCUCCGGGGAUGUCGUCCAGGGUAGCUACUCGUUGGUGGACCCCGACGGCACCAGGCGUACUGUAGAGUACACCGCCGAUCCCGUUAACGGUUUCAACGCUGUCGUGCACAAGGAGCCUCUGGUGCACGCCGCCCCCGUCGCUAAACUUGCGCACUUUUAAGGCGUGGAAGUGAUUAUUGUACAUAAUUUUUUAUUUAUUUAGAAAAAUAAAGUAAUACCUGAUGGAUAGUA